GGAGCGGCGCGCGGCUGGGCUUUGAGCUGGCUGCAGUGUGUCUGAGGGCGGCCGGAGCGGCUGGCUCGAUUAAGAUGAGGCUUCUGCUGCUUCUCCUGGUGGCGGCGUCGGCGGUGGCCCGGAGCGAGGCUUCGGCCAACCUGGGCGGCGUGCCCAGCAAGAGAUUAAAGAUGCAGUACGCUACGGGGCCGCUGCUUAAGUUCCAGAUUUGUGUUUCCUGAGGGUAUAGGCGGGUGUUUGAGGAGUACAUGCGGGUUAUUAGCCAGCGGUACCCAGACAUCCGAAUUGAAGGAGAGAAUUACCUCCCUCAACCAAUAUAUAGACACAUAGCAUCUUUCCUGUCAGUCUUCAAGCUAGUAUUAAUAGGCUUAAUAAUUGUUGGCAAAGAUCCUUUUGCUUUCUUUGGCAUGCAAGCUCCUAGCAUCUGGCAGUGGGGCCAGGAAAAUAAGGUCUAUGCAUGUAUGAUGGUUUUCUUCUUGAGCAACAUGAUUGAGAACCAGUGUAUGUCAACAGGUGCAUUUGAGAUAACUUUAAAUGAUGUACCUGUGUGGUCUAAACUGGAAUCUGGUCACCUUCCAUCCAUGCAACAACUUGUUCAAAUUCUUGACAAUGAAAUGAAACUCAAUGUGCAUAUGGAUUCAAUCCCACACCAUCGGUCAUAGCCCCACCUAUCAGCACUGAAAACUCUUUUACAUUAAGGGAUUUUGCAAGAGCAGCGUGACUGACAUUAUGAAGGCCUGUACUGAAGACAGCAAGCUGUUAGUACAGACCAGAUGCUUUUUUGGCAGGCUCGUUGUACCUCUUGGAAAACCUCAAUGCAAGACAGUUUUUCAGUGCUAGCACAUUUUGGAAUUCUGCACAUUUCGUGGAGUGCAAUAAUACUGUAUAGUUUUCCUCCCCCUCCCAAAUUCACCCAGUUAAUAUUUUUUUUAAAUGUAGACAUUACUUUCAACUUUCUUAGACAUAUUUGAAAAAGUAGAAAAUUGAGUUACAAUUUGAUUUAUUUUAAAGAUGUCUGUUAAAUCUGUUGUGCUUUUAUAUGAAUUUUCAUUUUUUAUGGUUUAAAAUCAGUCUUUUUGGGAAUAUAGCCAAAGUUCCCAAAUACCUUAUAAGAGUUCAAUCAGACAUCUCUAAUUUGGCCAUGUCCAAUUUGUGUAGUUUUCAAAACACUGCAAAUUGUGAACAGUGCAUUAUACAAAAUUAUAGGGGGAAAUCUAAUAUCCAGAGUACUCUACCAAUUUGUGUGUAUGUGUGUGUGUGUAUGUGUGUGUGGUUAUCAGAGAACUACUAUAACACCAACUGCUUUUUAAGUCCUAUUAUGUAGUUCAAGUGUCUUGCCUUGAUCAGUCUAAUGAGUUGAUUUAACUGGGCCUUUAUACUUAACUAAAUAAAAAACUAAGCAGAUGUCAGUUAAAUAAAAAAGUUUCAAUUUAUUGUUCAGUAUACCUGUUAACAUUGUAUUUAACAAUCGUCUCUCCAAAUUUUUGUUUUUCACUCUCAGAUAACUUCAUAAGGCACACACUUUAGAUUCACUUACAUUUUUAGGAUAAUUGAAACUCAUUCAAUUGAAUCUCUUUACAAUGUUGAUAUUAGUUGUCUAAUAGUUUGUCUAAUAUAUCAGAAUUAUAUUUGAGGAACAGAAUUGGAAAAAUUUUAAAUUUAAUAUCAUUUUAGAGUUCUAAAAAGACAGUUAAAACAACUUAAACUAAUAAAGACUGUAAGAAUGACUUAGCAGAAAUAAGACCAUAGUUUGGAAAAAUAGUCAUAUUGCAUCAAUGAUAACAUACUUCAGCUUCUAAAUAGGAAUAAAGUGGUAGAGCCAGUGGCAGGCCUAGAUUUGUUAGUGGAAAUAAAUGGAUUUAAGGAAAAGUUAUGAGGGAAUUUUGGCAUUGGUUUCACCUAACACUUAGGUGUUUUUAAGACCUUAUGUGAGGAUACUUUAUAAAGGUUCAUGGGAAGUGGAAUUAAAAAGCUGUUUAUUUUGAUGCAAAAAUUGAAAUACUUAUCCAUGAAUGAUCUCCAAAAAUUCAUGAAAAUGCGUAUUAUGAAAAACAUAUGUAGAGAUUAUGAAUUUUUUUGUAUCAGAGUAAACAUCUUUAAUUCAUUUUCCAUGAACUUUUGAAAUAUUCUUGUACUUACUUACAUGUUGUAACACCUAAUGUUACACUUUGUCACUGAAUAUUUGUUGAGGGCAUAUCACUUAGUGUUCCUGAUUGUGACAGGCUGAAGUUGGAACAUACUAGAACCUCCAGAUGAUAGGACGUUAGUCUAAUUACUGACUCCACAAAAUUGAUUAAGGAUUAUGCUUUUUAUUAACCACAAAGACCAUUUAUUAACAAUGUUGACUUCUUCAUAUAAUGAUAAGAAGUGUUACAAUUUAAACUGAAAUUUCAUUAGAGGUUGUUAUUUGGGUAUAAUACCACUUUAAAUUUGAGGAGGUUUGAAACUUUGUUAAUUUGAUUGUGUACCACUCCAAACUGCUCAUCUUCUGCAAGCUGAAAUGUCUUGUUGAAUGUUUCCAGAGGUCUUUCUUCAGCUAACAGACAUUCCACUAGUGACACAGUUAACUUUAUGGUAUGUAAACGUUCACAACUUGGGCUUUUGAUGUCCUGUGGCCCUGACAGGUCAAACUGUGAAGAACCUAAGAUUCAAAUACAACUUUUUCCACGUUUGCCUUCGGUUGAGUAAUGUGUCUUUUGAAGAAUAGCUUUAAGUGACUUAGACACUGACAAAACUCAGCUGUUUUGUUGACACCCAUCUCUUUUAUGUUUAGCCAUAUUUAAAUCUAGAGUUUAACAGAGUUUAGUGAAGAAAAUUUAGUGGGAGACAUGAAUAAAAAAUAAUGUUAAGGAAAUAUGGAAAGUAAACUAUUUAUAAUGUAGUUUUAUUAUAUUCCUAACAUUUUAAAUUUAUUGCUUAUAAAUUGAUAUAAUAUUUGAAUUUAUAUUCCUAAUAAUUUGAAUUUGUUGCUUAUAAAUUGGUAUGGCUAUAUGGUUUAUACAUGUCUAUGCACUAGUAUUAUUAAUUAGAAGACCAUAGAAAAUGCCAGCAAGUUGGCUGAUGUUAUUUGACUUUUUACUAUAAUUGCCAUUAUGGAAGAAAUUAUUCGUUAUGUUAAUAAAAAAUGCAAGUAAAGCAUGGCUUUAUACCUCAAUGUGUAAGGUGUGCAAGACAAAUAUACUUUUGGAAUAUAAAUGGCAUUAUUUGCUUAUGGCAAUAGCAUUAUUAAUGAUAAAAAUUGAUCAGCCUUUAUAGUGAUUUAAAAUGUAACAGGAUCCCAGUGAUAGUUCUUUCUUAUUUUGAAUGUUAGUUUGGAACCUUGAUUAACUGGCAAACAUUCCAUCACUGUCAUAAUUUAAAAUAAUUCGGAUUUUAAAGUUAGCUCACAGGAUUUUUAAACAUGGUUUGAUAUUCUGACGCUUUUUAUUUAUUUAUCUUUUUAAUCUGUUUUGGGAGAAAUAAGUGAGGAAAUGUAAAGUUUGGGGAUUUACCUCUUUAGAAUUGUGAAAAUAAACUUUUAUAAUGCUGAUGUGAAAGUAAUCCCUACUUUGUGGAAUUAAAUCGAUGCUAGAGCAUGUUACAUGGUAAUGUUAUGUAGGAAAUUUUGCAUUGUAAAAGUUGAUGUCACUAAUUAAUAUGUUUAUUUCCUAAUGGCUUCUUAACCCAACCAGUGUUGACCAUCCCACCUCAGCCUGGCACUCUGAGUCUUACCACUCUGGGACUUACACUGCUUCUCAAGCCUUAUGGCCACUUGUGCUUCUGUGCUGCUGGCCUGGCAGCGGCUCUGUGAUGUGUGCUGGAGUAGAGCAGGUUCCACCCCACCCUCCAGAAUGCCUGAGAAACUCGCCCUAUCCCCAGCUCUGGAGAGAAACGAAAUAAAUCCUUUCCCUCUGUUGGCCAAACUUCA